AUGGAUAUAUUACCACAACUGGACAAUAUUCCAAAAUUAUUUCAAGAUGAACUAUUUAGUUGUGUAACAGAAGAAGUAAAAGAUUUAUUACGUUGUCGUUUAUUAGUACCGGAUGCAGGUCAUCGUAUGCAUUCAGCAGGUGUUAUUUAUCAUGAUUGGUUUCAAAAAUCUCAAAAAUUACUUGCAUCAUGUCGACAAUUAGAAGAAUGUUUAGAGAAAAAAUGGUUAACAUUAUUUUUUGAAGAAGCUGAUUCAAAUCCAACCAUACCAUUUGCAACCGUUGAAGAAAGUGACAGUAGUUAA